AUGAACGAUCCGCAGGCCCCGAUUAUUGUUCCCGGGUCCGCGAAGCCCGCCGGCCCUUCGCUGCUCGCAUGUCUUCUCUGUCGCCACAAGCACCUCAAAUGUGACGGCAACACGCCCAUCUGUGGCCGCUGUCAACAGACCGGCUCGGAAUGUCAAUAUACCAAAUCGCGCCGGGGAUACAAGGGCCCCUCCAAGAAGCGUCGCGCCGAGCCAUACUCCCCCGACCAACUGAUCACGGAUCCUGCACCUGGCAUGGCCGAAGUGCCCAUCGACUGGUCUCUACAAGGGAGCUUUAAUUAUGCGCCAAUCACCACAGUGCCAUUGCCCUCUUCAGGAUCGACCAGCCCGUCAUUCAAUAGCCUGCCCCCGACUACCACCACGACAACUACCACUAUCACCAGCACGCCCCCGGCUCGCCCAAUGACAGGACCAAUGACACCAGAAUCAGCUUCCUCGGUCGGCGGCGACGGGUACCUCCUCGACAUCUAUUACACCUACUUCCACUCUGCCCACCCUAUCCUCCCACCACUGCGCCUACUCUUUCGUGGCAACCAGUGCCCUUCCUACUUGGAACACGUGAUGAAAUUCAUUGCCGCCCAUUUUACCCCGGCGGCCUCACCAGAAACCUAUCGUCCGACCGUGGUCGCUGGUGUACAGGACCAGCUGCCCUCCGUUGAAAAGGUGCAAGCAUGGCUUCUAUUGGCGAUCGUGCUGCACUCGCGCAACGAGCGUGGGGAGGCCAAGGAAUGUCUAGAUGCUGCGAUCGACCUGGCAUUCGAGCUUGGCCUGAACCAGGCCACGUAUGCCGAGGCAGCAAGUAACGGGGAUCCCAUUCGGGCAGAGUCGCUCCGGCGCACCUGGUGGGAGCUGUUUAUCGUCGAGGGCCUCCUGACGGCCCUUGGCUUGCAGCAGGUGUACCGUACGAACUUGGUGCCACCCGAGGUGCCCCUCCCGUGCGAGGAGCGCAUCUACCAAGACGGCCUGACCCCGCCACCCCCGCCGACCAUUGCCCAGUUUGAUGAGCGUGUGUUUGCUGAUGAUGAGCGCGAUUUCUCGUCCUACUCAUAUCGAAUUGAGGCCGUGCGGAUUCUCGGUCGCGUGGUGGCGAUUCAGGAGAUGGUAGAGGGCCAACAGGACCAUGUAGAAGCCAUUGAUGCGCGGAUUGCGAGCUGGUUCCACCACCUGCCUGAGUCCAAAUCCGAGUUGAUGCGACCGGAUGGUUCGGUGGAUGAGGUCAUGUUUCAGGCGACCAUGAUUGUAAAUGGCGCCUCCAUCUACCUGAACUUCCCUCGGUCGGAUCUGCUGUCGUCCCCCGCGGUCGCCUCAGAGGUCAUUUGUGGUCACCAUGGUCCGAUCAGCGUCCCCGCCUUCUCCCACCAUUCUCAUGCCAUGAAGGCCAUCAAAGCAGCCAGCGAACUGUCCUCGUUGGCGGCCAUCCGUCUGCCCGUCGAACGGCACACGCCGUUCUUCAUCUGCGCCCUUACCCUGAGUUGCAUGGUACAAUUGGCAGCCUGCUCCGUGAAGGCAGGCCAGAUGCCUGAUCCCAGUCGUGAUCGGAUUGGCCUCACCAUCGGCGUUUUCAAGUCAUUGGCCCGUACCUGGGCCAUUUCCCAAUCGAUCAUGCGCCAGAUCAAGGCUGUCGCGCGUGAUGUGCUGGACAUGGGCGUUCGUCCGAGCAUUGACUCGCUUGAUCUGACCUCGAUCUUGGAUGUCAAUGAUCGGUUCUGGAUUCAGGAUGGUCCUAGUUGA